AUGUCGGAAGACGACGACGCGACGCGCGAGAUCGCGCGGCUGACCCUGCGCGACGACGCGCCCGCGCCCGCGCCCGCGGCGGCGUGGCCCGGCGGCGCGCUCCCGCCCUGGGACGUCCGCCUCGACGAACCGUCGCACGUCUACACGAUCCACGGGGACUGGGCGCACCGAUUCCACGGCGUCAGGCGCGUUCUAUCUCACACCGGUCCCCAUACGACCCCGUCGGCGUGGUGA